GCUUUAUCCGAGUCAAGCGGGGAGCAUUAGUUACCCAGUCACUUGGGUCUGUCUAUGUUUUGCUGGACUCCUGACGUGUUCGAUAUCACCGAGAAAUACGCUGCCUUCAUGUAAGAAUGAAGAAAUUGCCCUUCACGAUACCAUCGACUCAUCUAAUGUUGGCAGCGUUGGGCCAUGGUGCAUGGCGCAACGGUUCUUGUCUUGCGCUACCCACGCAGUCAAAUCUGCCAUUCGAUAAUUUUAAUUUUUUCCUUGUGACCUCUUCUAGUAACCGGCUCAGCUCAGUGUCGGAGGUGUCGGAGGUGUUGGAGGUGUUGGUGUUGAUGGUUAAAAUAUUCACGCUAAGCCUAAUUGGGACUUACCAAUGUGGACAUGCUACACCAUGUCGUCCAAGCCUCGAUAUAUUAUUCGGCUGAUUGCCCCAUAUAUCCAAGCACUCUGUAUGGAACUCAACGUGACAAACCCGGCAAGCGGGGCGACUCCCUGCAGCUUGCUGUUGACAAAUGAGGCACAACCCUGGCGACGGGGAUCGUCUUUGGUUUGCUGUUAUAGCUGGAUCGACCAUUGGGACCGUAGGGGAAUUGGCAGGCAAGUCGGCAGACAAGUCGGCAGGCAUGUUUGCAGGCGGAUUGGCAGGCGGAUUGGCAGAGUUAAUCUGAAUAGGAGGCGCGUCCCACUCUGGAAUUCCAGCAAGUUCGAGCCAGUCCGUAAGAAUUCUGCAAGAUUCGCGGUACUGGAUCGUAUCUCCCUGGCGGGCAUUUCGAUAUAUCGAAUCGUAUAGGUCUGUGAGAGGACUUGGGUCAAAAUGGUCUAGAAACAAAUGACAACUAUUUUCUCUAUUUUUGUGCUUAAUCGCUUGGACCAGAAUUUGGCUCUCGACAAUCCAACUUCG